CAGACAAAGCUUCGUUGUUGCCAAAACUUAGAGGAGGUUUCUUCCAUACGAAUCCAAAGGGAGAGAACAGAGAGAAGAAAAAAAAAAAGAAAAAAGGAAAAGAGAAAAAACAAGGAAAGAGGAGACACAGACACAAAGGUAACGCAAAAAGGAACAAACAAACACAACAGGUCUGUGCCUCCUCUUACAUCACAGAAACAUCUUGUUUCUGAUAAGAAAACAAAACAAAACAAAACCAAAAAAGAAAGAAAGAAGACCAUAUGGAUUAUGACAGUAAUAGUUGGAUUUGGGAGGGGGUAUACAACCACCCACAUGUGUUGGGUGGUCUAAUGGUUACAGCAGCCUUGCUGGGACUGUCGACGAGCUACUUUGGGGGGAUGACCCACUCCUGGUCUAAUUUGGGGAUUUUCCCUAAGAAGAGAUCCGGUAAGAGGCGUGUUCGGGUUUACAUGGAUGGUUGUUUUGAUCUGAUGCACUAUGGCCAUGCCAAUGCACUCAGACAGGCAAAAGCUCUAGGAGAUGAAUUGGUUGUGGGUCUGGUGAGUGAUGAGGAGAUCCUCGCCAAUAAAGGCCCGCCUGUUUUGUCUAUGGAGGAGAGGCUGACCCUUGUUAGUGGAUUGAAAUGGGUGGACGAAGUCAUAACCGAUGCUCCUUAUGCAAUUACUGAGGAAUUCUUGAAUCGUCUUUUCUAUGAAUACAACAUUGACUAUGUCAUACAUGGCGAUGACCCUUGCCUGCUUCCAGAUGGAACAGAUGCUUAUGCUGCAGCAAAGAAAGCUGGCCGAUACAAGCAAAUUAAACGUACUGAAGGAGUUUCCAGUACAGAUAUUGUUGGAAGAAUUAUGUCUUCGUUAAAAGAUCAAAAAGCUCGCGAAGAUCUUAAUGGUACUGAUGCAAAACCUCAAGAAGAAAGCAAGCCAAAGGUUUCCCACUUGUCCCAAUUCCUACCAACUUCCCGACGUAUUGUACAGUUUUCAAAUGGCAAGGGGCCUGGACCUGAUGCUCGUAUUGUAUACAUUGAUGGGGCAUUUGAUCUCUUCCAUGCUGGGCACGUUGAGAUACUUAAGAAGGCUAGGCAGCUCGGAGAUUUUCUUCUUGUUGGUAUCCACUCAGACGAGACUGUGAGCUCACAACGAGGGAAUCACUAUCCAAUUAUGCACCUACACGAGCGUAGCCUUAGUGUGCUGGCUUGCGGUUAUGUUGAUGAAGUCAUUAUUGGCGCACCAUGGGAAAUUACAAAGGACAUGAUAACAACUUUCAAUAUCUCGGCGGUUGUGCACGGGACUGUUGCUGAGAAAUCAUUAUAUAGUGAAAGAGAUCCAUAUGAGGUCCCAAAGAGCAUGGGAAUAUUCCACUUGCUUGAAAGCCCUAAAGAUAUCACUACUACCUCAGUAGCCCAGCGUAUUUUGGCUAACCAUGAAGCCUAUGUGAAACGCAAUGCUAAAAAGGCUCAGAGCGAAAAGAGAUACUAUGAAGAAAAGACUUAUGUGACUGGAGAUUAGCAUAUAUAUAUAGAAUCAUAGAGAUGCUGGAUAGAGAAGAAUAUCUACAUAUACUUUCUUAAGGAAGAAGAGUACAGAGUAUGACAUAGAAGAACAAUAUUUUCGGCCGUAACUUAGGAAUUACAUCAUGACCUUUCCAUUUAUAUUGUCGUCUGAAAGGCUCCCUUAUGAUUGACCUGCCAGUUUUUUGGCAUUUAAUUUUGCUGUGAUUCUGGUUUUACCAGAGAUGUACCUGUAAAAUUGAAUUAUAAGCUCCAAACCUAAAAGAAAAAACUCCAACCAAGCCCUUUGGAUUGUUUGAUUUGGAUUUGUGGAAAACCAUUUAAUUCAUUCUUAGAAGGAUUUUCUUUUUGUAAUAAAAAUUGAAAGGACCUCCUCCUUCUUUGCA